CAUCCAGUCCUGCCCUGAUGUGAAAUAUGGCAAACGUAUCCAUGUGCUGCCAAUUGAUGACACAGUAGAAGGGAUCACGGGGAAUCUGUUUGAGGUCUAUCUCAAGCCAUACUUCCUGGAAGCAUACAGACCCAUCAGAAAAGGUGACAUCUUCUUGGUGCGAGGAGGGAUGCGUGCAGUGGAGUUCAAAGUGGUGGAGACAGAUCCAAGUCCUUACUGCAUAGUGGCUCCAGACACAGUAAUCCAUUGUGAAGGGGAGCCCAUCAAACGAGAGGAUGAAGAAGAGUCAUUAAAUGAGGUGGGCUAUGAUGACAUUGGUGGCUGCCGAAAGCAGCUGGCUCAGAUCAAAGAGAUGGUAGAACUUCCUCUCCGACACCCUGCGCUCUUCAAGGCCAUAGGGGUGAAGCCUCCACGUGGAAUCCUGUUGUAUGGUCCCCCUGGCACUGGAAAAACUUUGAUUGCCCGAGCAGUGGCCAAUGAAACUGGGGCUUUUUUCUUCCUGAUUAAUGGGGCGACUGACAUCGAUUGUGGUGCCUCCUGUGGUUGAUCAGGUUGGUCAGUU